AAAUUGCCCCUGACAAAAUCUGGGCCUUGUUGAGAGACUCAAAGGAGAGAUCACUCUGCGCACGAAGACGAUCCUUGAUCAUCAUCCUCGAAGGAAGCUUCAUUUCAAUCUGAUUAUCUAUCUCUCAGGACGACCAACCAGACAUGGCUUUUCUGGUAACAUCCCUAAUAUUCGCUGUCGUAGGCAUCAUUGCUUCAAUUUGCACUAGAAUCUGCUUCAACAAAGGCCCCUCCACCAAUCUGCUACAUCUUACUUUGGUCAUCACUGCCACCGUCUGCUGUUGGAUGAUGUGGGCAAUUGUAUACAUUGCGCAGAUGAAGCCUCUCAUUGUUCCUAUCCUAAGCGAGGUAGAGUAGAAAACAAUCUACUCAAAACAAGAAACCCAUGUUCUCAAACUAGGAAACCAAUGCACAAAUUUGAGUAAGAGCCCCCCGCUGCUCUUUCUGUAUCUUCUUCAAAACAUAUUUGUUUUCCCCUUCGUAAUUCUUAUCGCGGUGUGGAACAACUAAACUUUUCCCCUCUUUAUUAUUAAAUCUUUUGUCUCUCAUUCAAUUCUUGAAACAGUCUUCAUAUACUCAAAGACUAUACUAGAGAAUGAGUGUAUUGUUGAUGAAGUAAAAUAUUUGGAAGAAUAUCCGCCAUUUCCCAUUA